AUGAGCUGGAGUUGGGGGAAUAGGGCGGCUAGCAGCGCGGUGGAGCGAGCCAGGGACGGCUUACACCUGAGACGGACGCGGCACGUGCCCGAGGUGCAAGUCCAAGUCAAAUGUCGAAGGAGAGCCUCCCUGAGCAACCAAGAGUGUCAGCUGUACCCAAGGCGGUCUCGGCAGCAGCAAGUACCUGUGGUGGAUUUCCAGGCCGAACUGGGACGGCGAUUCUUCGCUGGGACACCAAGCAGUGCAGCCGUGACUGUGGGAAAAAGCAGCAAGAUGCCACGGCACACGGACUAUAGACCCACGCGUAUCCUGCAAGAUGACCGAACAUUCAUUGGCACCUCUAAGGCUUUUGACAAACGUAGGAACGCGAUCCUCCGGAAUUAUGAUGAAUCCAGCAAGAUCAGGCCAAAGAAUGCGAAGCGGCCAGAGCGUGAAGAAAAGCGGGUUGGGGGUCUGGUGUUGCUACGUAGGGAGAACUUGGGUUUCCAUGCCUGUCAAGGACCACCCCCCAGAGACCCUGGCAUUGCUCGGGUACCACUUGCUGGAGCGGGAGGAGGUCCUGGGGUCGGCAGGGCAGCGGGCAGAGGAGUGCCAGCCGGUGUUCCAAUCCCCCCGGCUCCUGCUGGAUCUGCAGGCCCCGUGCGAGGGGUUGGGGGACCAUCCCAACAGGAAAUGGCUCCACAGGGAAGAGGUACUGUAGCAGCUGCUGCAGUUGCUGCUAUUGCCAGCAUUGCUGGAGCCCCCACCCGGUGCCCACCGGGACAGGGGACCCCACCCACUCCCGUGGGCGGAGCUACACCACCUCCAGGCAUCAGGGCUCCUCCACGUGGUAUGAGACCACCCAUGGGCCCACCAAUUGGGCUUCCCCCUGCCGGAGGGACGCCAAUAGGCAUUCCCCCUCCAGGAAUGAGACCCCCUCCGCCAGGUAUUAGAGGUCCCCCUCCCCCAGGAGUGUGUCCACCAGAACACAAUACUGUCAAUCCUUCUCAAGUCACUCCUUUCUCUGCGAUGUGUCCAGUGAAACUACAUACAGUGUUUUGGUUGGACCCAGUAGGAAGCCAGAGAGCAGGGGGCCCUGUGGACACAACUCAUGCAGGUGGAACAGCUCUGAGGUGCGCUCCGUAUGUUCUCCUACAGCUUCUCGGGGGUGUGAAGCCGCAAUUGCCCACAGAGAUCACGCGCAAGAGGGCGGCUCAGCAGGAGGGAGUGUUUUUGGCCGCCGCAGCCUCUCCGAGCACCAUGUGCACAGGUGACGGCAUCUCUGCAAAGCCCGGAGCCAGGGAAGCAGCUGAAGCCGAGCAACCCCAAGCUAGUGAAGGAGGAGGAAGUUGGGGUCAGUGCGGGAAGGUGCGGGAGGAUCGCAAGCAGGGAGGACAAGAGCUAGUUUACGCUUUUGCCAGGUCGCCUCGACCCCAUGCAGGGAGCGGACCGGAGCAGGACGAGAGUGUGCAGGGAGAUCUGUCAUUUGACCUCCACGUGAGUCCAGAACCCGUGUGGGGCCUCCGCACUGGGGUGAGGGCAGCCUGGCAGGUUCACGCCACUGCGCCGCACAAAGAGCACCGUUCUCGCCACGCGCUGCGGCGGGAAGAAGUGUGGCGAGCACUCCCGCGUCCCACGGUGAUCCUGGAAAUGUGCGACUUAGACCAGGGGGUCCUGGUCCUCACCCGAAAAUGA